AUGGUCAAACUUGAUAGAAAUGCUGUUUUGGAAUACUCCACCUUCAAAGUUCCCUACGAAGAGCUCAAUAUGGAGUUUCGACGUGGUCAUAAGAACAUGGAACGAGCAGGGGCUGCGCUCAAACGAUCAAUAUUAUCUCUGCGGCAUAUUUUGUCAGAAAAAGAUGGAUGUGUGUCGACAGUAACGGCUCGUGAAUCUUUUCGUGAAUUUAAAUCCAAACUUGAACAACUUGAUGCAGCAAAGAAAGAUGCAGUUAGAAAACAAAGACAGUUCAUCAAAAACAUGCAGGCUCGGAUUCAGUUUCUGAGAAACGAAGUGAGUCUUGCAAAUAGUUUUCACAAAAUUGUGUAA